CGAAGGUACAAUCCUAAGAGACAAAUGAAGACUUUAGCCUCCACAUAUAAGCCGAAUCACGAGAAAGGUCAAGCUAGAGGAGGAGAAUCGGCAAGUAAUUGUUACUUGUUGUCAGCCAGAGCUUUUAGAAUUUUGGGAUUUGUUUUGUUUUGUUUUGGCAUUUGAUAGCAGGAUGAAGAAAAGCAGUGCAUUACGGCACGGUUGUGCUCCGAAUUUAGGGGCCUGAGGAAGCGUGUUGGCUGGCGGGUAGUUUCAACUUUCAGACAAUUAAUUCGUGACAAGAUAUUAAUACAGCAAUGAAUGAAAGUGAAAUAAUUCAGGCAAAAGGCCUGCUGGGAUUGCCUCUUCCCCCGUCCUUCACUGUUGCAAUAGCUAUCAGUGGAAGCAGAAAAAGCAAAUACAUAGUCGAGUGGGCAUUGCAGAAGUUUGUCCCAGAGGGCAAGUUAAUGUUCAAGUUGCUCCAUGUCCGUCCCAAAAUAACCACGGUUCCAACACCAAUGGGAAAUUCUAUUCCUAUUUCACAAGUGCGAGAUGAUGUAGCAGCUGCUUAUAUAAAGGAAGCGGAGUGGCAAACAAAUGAAAAGCUCCUACCAUACUCAAACAUGUGUAGUCGGAAAAAGCAGGUACAAGUGGAAAUUCUACAAAUUGAAUCAGAUGAUGUUGUAGAUGCAAUAUCAAGGGAGGUGGAUGACUCAACUAUCAGCAACCUUGUUAUAGGAGCUUCAUCCCACAGCAUAUUUUCGAGAGGACAGAAGUUAUCCUCAAAAAUCGCAGAAGGUGCUCCAAGCUUUUGUACCGUUUAUGUUGUUUCAAAGGGAAAGCUGUCCUCUCUGCGCCCAUCUGAUUCAGUAACAAUUGCAAGUUUCGAGGAUGAAAGUAGGGAAACAGUUGGAAGAAUUGAAGAUGAUGGUAGCGAGGCAAGUUGCUCUACUAAGAAUUCAUCAAGUCACAGUUCUGGCUCACAAGCAGGCUUGGUUCUUUCACAUUCUCUUUUGUGCUCUCCUUCCCUACCGAUGCAGCGGUUUCAAGCUCUUUCGACUAUAAACCAGACCCUUCUUCACAAGAAAUCAAAUUCAAUUGAAAGUAGUGAUUAUGGAAUCUCGUAUCCAAAUAUCAUGGAAAGGGAAGACGGAACGAGCUCUUGUCCUAGCAACUCGGAUAUUGGUCAUCCACAUGGUGGGCCAUCUAGUUUCAGAAGCUUGGUAACGGACCAUUCAUUAUGGACAUCUGAUCAGGCUUCAAUCUCAGACGGUCCUUCAGAUUUUUCAUCCGAAAGCCAGAUCAAUGUCAAUUUUGAGCUAGAAAAACUGAGAAUCGAACUGAGACAUAUUCGAGGAAUGUAUGCAAUAGCUCAGAGUGAGACAAUUGAUGCUUCUAGGAAGGUAAAUGAUCUUGAGAAGUGCCGAUUGGAAGACACAAUCAAGCUUAAGGAGGUAAAAAUUAAGGAGGUGGAAGCAAAAGAAUUGGCAAUACAAGAGAGAGUAAAUUAUGAAGCUGCAAGAAGGGAGGUUAAGUGUGUGAAGGCAUGUGCUGAAAAAGAGGCUGCACAAAAGAGAGAAGCAGAGAUUAAAGCUUCGUAUGAAGCAAAGGAGAAAGAAAAACUUGAGAAUGCACUGAUGGGCCAUCAGCAGUACCAGAAGUUUGAAUGGGAGGAAAUUGUGUUGGCCACUUUAUCUUUCUCUGACAGUCUUAGAAUUGGAAUGGGAGGAUACGGAAUUGUCUAUAAGUGCAGUUUGCAUCAUACGACUGCUGCAGUGAAGAUCCUCCAUUCUAAAGAGACUCACAGGACCAAGCAAUUUCAGCAGGAGCUUGAAAUCCUGAGCAGAAUUCGUCAUCCCCAUUUGCUGAUUCUUCUUGGUGCAUGUCCGGAACACGGUUGUCUUGUUUAUGAGUACAUGGAGUACGGCAGCCUUGAGGAUAGGUUGUUCCAGAAAAAUAAUACGCCUCCUAUCCCAUGGUUUGAGAGGUAUAGAAUUGCUUGGGAAGUAGCAUCAGCUCUUGCCUUCCUGCACCACUCACAGUCACAACCUAUUAUCCACCGGGACCUGAAGCCUGCAAACAUAUUGCUUGAUCGCAACUUGGUGAGCAAGAUUGGCGAUGUUGGUCUUUCAAAAAUGCUUCACUCGGACUCUUCUGCUAUAUCAACUGUUUGCCAGGACACAGGCCCUGUGGGGACAUUUUGCUACAUAGAUCCAGAGUAUCAGAGGACUGGAUUAAUCUCUCCAACAUCUGAUGUUUAUGCAUUUGGGAUGGUGAUUUUGCAAUUGCUGACUGCAAAACCAGCCAUAGCACUUACCCAUGUAGUGGAAACAGCAAUUGAUGAUGAUCGUUUAGUAGAUGUACUUGAUCCAGAAGCCGGCAAUUGGCCAAUUGAAGAGACAAAAGAACUGGCAGUAUUGGGGCUGAGAUGCACAGAGCUUCGCCGCAGGGAUAGACCUGAUUUGAGAGGUGAAGUACUUCCCGCACUGGAGAGAUUGAAAGAGUUUGCUAAUCGGGCUCGAGAUAUGCCAUCCAAUGAACAGAUGGUGGCUCCGAACCACUUCAUAUGCCCAAUAAGCAAGGACGUAAUGGAAGACCCUUGUGUUGCUGCUGACGGGUACACUUAUGAUCGCGAGGCUUUGGAGAUAUGGCUCAGGGAGAAUGAUACAUCCCCAUUGACAAAUCUCCCUCUGCCAAAUAAGAAUCUACUGCCAAACUAUACACUUCUUUCUGCCAUUGCCGACUGGAAGUCAAGAAAGGAAUGACUUCAUUUAUCGUUUGUUCAUGGCUUUUCUCCUUUUCUAGUAUUUUUAGGUACAUUAAUCUGCAUAUAUCAGUUUAAGGAAUGCAAUUUUGCUCGAGUCAGAAUGAUUAGAUUAGCAAAGAUGUGUAUAUAGUUUGGAAUUCAGGGUUGUAAUGGACCAAAAGUGUACGGGUUGAUGAUGAACUAGAUGUUUCUUUGAGGCAAGGCUUUCAAAUAAAGGUAGAUCCAUUUAUAAACUUCUUUA